ACAUUUACAAAACGACCUGUUACGACCGCACCCAAACGGUGUCGUUUCAUCGCACCAUUGAGAUCUUGCAGGGAUCAGACCAAACCCCCCUUAAUUGGAGCCGUUGGGUUCAAUACUCCUAUGACCGAUCUCUAGGGCACCAUUGUUUCAAUGGCUUCGUGGCUCAAAGCUGCAGAAGAUUUGUUUGAAGUUGUUGAUCGAAGGGCAAAGCUGGUUGUCAGUGAGUUGUCAGAUGAGCAGCAUGAUGGUCAAGCACCAGCUUCUAAUGGACAAGGAUCACAAACCAGGAAGACAAAACCAAAAUCAAAGUCAAAGGCUCAAAAGAGGCUCUCUACAAAUGAACCUUCUAAAACAAAUGAAACUGCACAGGUGCAAACUGGCACACAACCAGCAGUAUCAGAUAUAGCACCUGAUAAAGAUAGGGCUACUCGAUCAUUUGAAAAUGAUGAAACCACGUCCAGUAACUCUACAGCCCAAGCAAAUAAUGAACAGCUGCAGAAUGGCAAUAAAGAUGCCUCCGUGUUUGGCAUUCCUUCAUUGGAGACACUUCCAAAUGAUAUGGUUAAACCUGAAGCUGAUCUUCCAGAAGUUGCGCCUACUGUUACUGAUGUUGAAGCCAUUGCAUCAACUUCAAAUGGUGAGCUUGUCAAUGAUAAAGCUGAUGCUAAUGAAGGACAGCCUACUUCAUUGUCCCCAACAGCAGGAGUUGAGAUUGUAAGUGAAGAUCAUCCAGUCGAAGAAGGCCAGAAUAUCAAGUCCAGAGAUGCAGAUGUUCCCUCACAGAUUGACCAAGAGGGAUCUCAAUCUGUAAAUGUUGAUGCACCUAGUAGCAGUGAUACACAAUCAAAUGAUUCUGAAAGCAAGGUUGAAACAAUUUCCAACCAAAAAAAGCAACAGGAGCAUAAGGGUGAUGCUUCUCCAAUGAAAUUACAGGACCAACUUGAUGAGGCUCAAGGACUUCUUAAGACUGCAGUUUCCACUGGUCAGUCAAAAGAGGCGAGAUUAACUAGGGUUUGUGCUGGACUUUUAACCCGUCUUCAAGAAUGCAAAUCUGAAAAUGCACAGUUGGAAGAACUUCUCACUGCAGAGAAAGAGCUUAGUAACUCAUAUGAGGCUCGCUUAAAGCAACUACAGCAAGAUUUAUCUGCAUCCAAAAUUGAAGUGAGCAAAGUAGAGUCAAAUAUGGUUGAGGCUUUGGCUGCAAAGAACUCUGAGAUUGAAGCACUUGUCAAUUCUAUGGAUGCACUUAAGAAACAAGCAGCUUUUUCUGAAGGAAAUCUGGCUUCCAUGCAGGCAAAUAUGGAGUCUAUUAUGAGAAAUAGGGAACUGACAGAGACGCGGAUGAUGCAGGCUCUGCGGGAGGAGCUGGCUUCUGCAGAACGGAGAGCAGAAGAAGAGCGUGCGGCACACCAUGCUACCAAAAUGGCUGCUAUGGAAAGGGAGGUCGAGUUGGAACACCGAGCAGUGGAAGCGUCCACAGCCCUUGCCAGGAUCCAGAGAGUAGCAGAUGAGAGGACAGCGAAGGCUGCAGAGUUUGAGCAGAAGGUCGCACUGCUUGAGGUUGAAUGUGCAUCUUUAAAUCAAGAACUGCAAGAUAUGGAAGCUCGUGCUCGCCGUGGACAAAAGAAAUCCCCUGAAGAGGCCAAUCAAGUGAUUCAGAUGCAGGCAUGGCAGGAAGAGGUGGAACGUGCACGCCAAGGUCAAAGAGAUGCAGAGGCCAAGCUUUCUUCUAUGGAGGCUGAAUUGCAAAAAAUGAGAGUUGAAAUGGCUGCCAUGAAAAGAGAUGCAGAGCAUUAUUCACGUCAGGAGCAUAUGGAGCUGGAGAAACGCUACCGUGAACUAACUGACCUAUUGUACUACAAGCAAACACAGCUAGAAGCCAUGGCUAGUGAAAAAGCUGCAGCAGGGUUUCAAUUGGAGAAAGAGGUCAAACGUCUUAAAGAAGCACAGGUAGAAGCAGAAAGAAGUAGAACCUCCCGCCGUGGUUCAGCAUCUUGGGAAGACGACACUGACAUAAAAGCACUUGAGCCUCUUCCCUUGCAUCACCGCCAUAUGGCUGCAGCAAGCAUACAGUUGCAGAAGGCUGCAAAACUUUUAGAUUCAGGGGCUGUCAGAGCCACACGAUUUCUCUGGCGGUAUCCAACUGCCCGAUUGCUCCUGCUUUUCUAUCUGGUAUUUGUGCAUCUCUUCUUGAUGUACCUUUUACAUCACCUUCAGGAGCAAGCUGAUGAAUUGGCAUCUAGAGAAGUUGCCCAAUCAAUGGGACUCGCCACCCCUACCUUACCAUGAUCCGAUAGCUGCUCCAAGCAGUGUCAAAGAGGCAGAUUUAUUGAUUCAACAAAUAGAAAUGUAAUGGCAGCUUGAGGUUUGCUCAACAAAUUUAUAAGAACACAAAACAGAAAGGAAAACUGGGUCUUAUCCUUUCAAUGCAUAUGUCUGUACACAUCAUUUUCUACCCGAUAUCCAACUACUUGAGGAAAGAGUCAGGUUGUAGAGGACCUUCUGCAGGAGUUGGAAAUUGGCAGCUGGAGUUGAUGCCAACACAUUGGAAGCAACUCUCUUCAUGUAGCAACACCAAUGCAAAUGUCCAUAUAUUUCGUUAACUGGCAAGCUUAUGUUUUUAUGAUAAAUUUGGUUUUGCUGUUGACACUAAGAACAUAUAUACCUCAAAAGUGGGAGCCUCUAUAUUCCAGAUCACAACCUAAUCUUUGCUCCAUGAAAAUAUGAAAUUUCAUUUUAUUUAUCAGGCAAUUGCCUACACUGGCUGUCAAAGAUUCUCAUUCUCCCACUUCCUCGAAAUUUGCUUUAUUAGAUUUCCAGGAAUGUAGAAGUGAUGGAGGGAAAUAGAAAGCUAUGGAAGUGAGGGUGUAUUUUGCUUUAUUUAUUGAACCUUUAUGUUUUUCAA